UGAUUCUGUCACACAAAACAUGUCACCAUAUAAACACAAUUCAUUCAUAUAUUCAUAUAGAGUAUAAAUAUAAAUAUAAUAAAUAAAUUCAAAACCCACCUAACCCAACAAUGUGCCUAUAAUUCUCCAUUUUAAAGCAAAAGCCUCUCCAUAACCAACAUUUUCUCCUUCCUCUCCUCUUAUUCUUCAGGAAGGAGAAAAAUUUUGAUACAUAUUAUGGAGGGUCUUUUGCCUUUAAUUUUUAGAGCAAUAAGGAAAAACAAAAGUCGUAGGAAAUAUAAAUGUCUUUCAUCAGGUGCUGCUCUACGUUACAACGAUUUCUACCCUCAAAAUGAUCAUGAUCAUGGCUAUGGUAAUUAUAGUUACAAUGAAGAACCAAAUUAUAUUUCAAGGGUUGAUGAUGAUGAUGAUCAAUACGCAAAGAAAAUCGAUUUUCGAAGACAUGAUUCUGUUACCGAAUUCUCUAAUGGGUUAUAUUGUUCUCCUAAGCACAGAACACGUUCUGUUGAUUCAAAUGGACACAUGAAUUAUAAAGCACGUACAGGUUCAAGAGAUUAUGUACCACCUGUAUAUUGAUGUUGAAAUUGUAGAAUUUUAAACACAAUUUACAUACGUGGUUCAAAUCAUGUUUUGAUUUUGAAGAUUAUUGAUGUUUAAUUAAUGAAAGUUCAUUUUUUCAAUGGUAUUGUUGGUUACAACUUAUAGAAUUAUGUGAUUUGUUAGAGAGGUUGAUGGCAUGUCACUCAUAUCUCUCACAAAAAUUAAAUGAUUUUAAUAUAUCAUUGGAUUUUUAAGUUAUUUUUAAAUCUAGCUUUGUAUCAUUAUUGAUUUUUGAUGAA